GGAGCAGCGUCCACUUCCUCUCUUCUGCUCAGCAAGGCCCCUCAGAGCCCCGGAUGUCUGUGGUGAUUUGUGUCCAGCCCAGCUCAGCGGCAUGUGGCAGCUUCUGCCACCAGCGGCCCUGCUGCUUCUAGUCUCAGCUGACACACGGACUGAUCCCCCCAAGGCUAUGGUGGUCCUGGAUCCUCCCUGGGACCGAAUUCUGGAGAAGGAUAAUGUCACCCUGACCUGCCAGGGGGCCCCACGCCUGGGGGACAAUGACACACUGUGGCUGAUCAACGGCAGCCUUAUCUCAAACCAAUCACCUUACUAUGUCAUCGCCGCAGCCACUGUUGAAGACAGCGGGGAAUACCAGUGUCAGACCAGCCUCUCUACACUCAGUGACCCUGUGAGGCUAGAUGUCCAUGUGGGUUGGCUGCUGAUCCAAGCCUCUCGCUGGGUGGCCCAGGAGGGGGAUGCCAUCCAACUGAGAUGCCACAGCUGGAAGCGAAAGCCUGUAGUCAAGGUCAACUAUUUCCUGAACGGCAGGAGUUUGAAGCAUUUCCAUUGGAAUACCGACUACCAUAUUGCAUCGGCCACGCACCAACACAAUGGCUCCUAUUUCUGCAGGGGGCUCAUUGGGACAAAGAACGUAUCCUCAGAAGAGGCCAGGAUCCUGAUUCAAGGUCUGCCAAGUGCUUCUGUCUCUCCUUCCUUCCUGCCUUGGUCCCAAAUCAUCUUUUACGUGCUGAUGGGACUUGUGUUCAUAGUAGACACGGUGCUAUACUUCUCCGUGUGCAGAGAACUCCGUAGCUCCAUGGGACUCAAGAGGAACAUCAAGGUCCAGUGGAAUCUGGAACCUCAGGACAAGUGACCCCCUUCAUCCUGGGGCAAUGAGGUGGGGGGGGGGGCAGUAGGACCAAAGCAAUCUCUCGCAGACUUUCUCCCUGGAUUCAUCCCCAGCACACAUUGGGACAUCGACACCCCUGUCUGCACUGAGGGUGCUUCACCACACUCCACUUCCUCAUGGUGUCCAGGCCCAGAGAGGGGCCUGUGAGGUCCCAGUGCCCUUCCAGUGGCAGAAAUGAGCCCCAGAAAAUAGCUGCCUCACUCAAAGAUGGGGUCCCAGAGUCCUAGCUGCCUUCUCUGUCCCUACCCUUCCUUCCCAGUGAGGCACAGAGCUGGACAGAAAAACUUUCUCACACAAAUGGCCACUUGGAGAAGAGAAUGAAUGACUGAAGGGUGUCUGUUCCCUCAGUCCCUGUGGAGCUGGUUACCUUCAAUGGAGCUCCCCAACUUCUCUCAGACCUAACAUGGGGCCUGCUGAGGUGCAGGGGAGAUUGAGAAAGAGUGGGGAGGAUGGGUGGUGGUGCACCUAGUUGAGCGCACAAGUUACAGUGUGCAAGGACCUGAGUUUGAACCCCUGGUCCCCAUCUGCAAGAGGAAAGCUUUAUGAGUGGUGAAACAGGGCUGCAGGUGUCUCUCUGUCUCACUUCCUUCCUAUCACCCCCUUCCCUCUCAAUUUCUGGCUGUCUCUAUCCAAUAAAUAAAUAAAGAUGAAAAAAAUUAUCUCUUAAAAAGAGGUGAGGGGAGGAGGGCAGGCUUGAGGGUACCCCACCUGAGCUCUGAACCAUGGUAUAAGGAUCAGUAAAUUCCGGGGGUGGGUGGGAAGGUAUUAGUAAUUAGGUCAGAAAUUAGAGGCACAUUAGGAAUGAGGAUAGAAUGGGGUUUGUGAAUGUACAAUGAUGAUCCCUUUAGUGUCAUGACUAGAAAAAACUGGGGUGGGAAGCAUUAUAAUUGAGGCCAGAAAAUUGGGGGUGGUGGUAAAAAUGAGAUUAGAAAAUUAGAGGAACAUUAGGAAGGAGGUCAGAAAACACCAAGCACAGCUGAUACUGUCAGGAGCCUCGGCAGAGGAGGACAAGCCUGUUGUCUGAGCAGCAGGGAUGAGAGAAAGGAGGGUCCAGCAUGGUCCACCAGCUGGUAGGCACAGUGCUUGCUGGAAUGACCCAGUAAAUGCUGGGCCUGGCAGACUCCACUCUCAACUCUGCCAGAAGGUAUCAGGGAGAAACAUUGGAGUCCUGCAUGUGGCAUAAGAUGCCACCUUGCUCGUGGGCAAAAGCUUUACUUUUUUA